AUGGCGAUCAUGAGCUCUGGACUGCUCGGGCGGGCCAGCCUUCCCAUCCACAUCGAAUCUAGUUCCGGAGCAGCUGGAGAGAUCUCCUUUACUCAUUGGCUGUAUGCACGCAUUACGGUCUCUGGGUGCAUGGAUGGAAACCCGGUCGAAACAGCGGCCUCCUCGACUGGUAUUGACUGGAAGAAGCCCUGGUCCAAGUUGCCUGCCGGUGCCUCGAGUCGCGAUGACUAUGCCGCCCAUUCUGCUACUUAG